AUGGCCAUUCCUCUAUCUCUAAAAGGCCUCACACCCCGCGAAGCAAUAACAGACACCGCAUACCGUCUAGCCCGAAGCUUCGACCACAACGACAUAAACGCCUUCAACUCAGCAAUAUCCGAAGACGCAGUCCUCGAACUAAACAUCACCGAGCCUCUUAUGUUUACCGGCAUCUCAAAUAUUCGCGCUGCUACUUUCGACCGUGUCGUGAAGAUGGAUACCUCCCAUAUGCUUAGCAAUAUUCGUGUUGAUGUUCAGCAGGGCGCGAAGGAAGCUACGUUGCAAUGUUAUACACUUUCUCAGCAUUGUCCUCUUGGGAUGGGGAAAGAUGUAAAGGCACCUAAGUAUCUUGCUGGGGCGGAGUUUAUGUUUGAGAUGGAUUUUCAUGAAGGGGAUGGGAAUGGAGAUGGGCUUUGGAAGAUUAGGAGGUGGAUUGCCGGUCUUGUUUGGGCGGAGGGUGAUGAGUCUCUUAUUUUGAGUAAUUAG